AUGUCUCUGGUUCUCCGGUUUCAAAUCCAACUGUCUUAUGGAAGAGCCAUAUUUGCCCCGGGAACUUCCUCAGAACAACCAAAUUCCAAUCCUCACUUCAGAGGCCUUCGUGUUAUACUUACUGAUGAUGAUGAUGUAAACAGGACUGUGACAAAGAAACUGCUUGAGAAGUUAGGUUGUGAAGUGACUGCUGUUUCCUCUGGGUUUGAAUGCCUUAGUGCUCUUAGCUCUGCUGAAAAUUCUUUCAGACUAGUUGUUUUGGAUCUUCAAAUGCCAGAAAUGGAUGGUUUCGAAGUGGCGAAGCGAAUCCGGAAGUUCUGUAGUCGUAAUUGGCCAUUGAUUAUAGCCUUGACUGCCAGUGCUGAAGAUAAUAUUUGGGAGAGAUGCCUACAGAUGGGAAUGAACGGAGUGAUUCGAAAACCGGUUCUCUUACAAGGGAUGGCAGAUGAGCUUCGAAGAGUUCUGCAGAGGGCCGGCGAAGGGUUGUGA